GGCACACUUCUUUUGCAAAAAAUUUGAUGGAUUUAAAUAGGCAUAUAUGAGGGAGGGGUUGAAAUCUGUCCAACGACUAGAAUAAAACAUAACUUAUAAACUUAACUCCAACGACUAGAAUGACAGCAUGGCGCUGCUUCAGCCACGAGCUUCGCCUUGUUCAGUUUCCUCUUUCAUUCAUCAUCCUCACUCUCUGGCUCUAAAAUCCCCCACCAACCUCACAUUUACUAAGCCUCGUUCUUCUGUUUGCAAAGCUUCAUGGCAAGAGCUUGUGGGAGUUGUGGUGUUCUCGGCGAUUCCAUUCACGGCUGUGAAAGCCAUAGCCAACAGCGCAGUCGGAGAGUCGCUGCAGAGGCGAUUGGAGGAAAGGAAGAAAGUUGCAGUUGAGAAUUCUUCCAGGUUUAGGGGCUUGGCCGAAAAGGCUCGAAAACAGAGCUUGUGGUAUGGCGAAGAGCGUCCCCGCUGGCUUGGUCCAAUUCCUUAUGAUUAUCCUGCAUAUCUGACUGGAGAACUACCUGGGGAUUAUGGUUUUGAUGUUGUAGGUCUGAGCAGGGAUCCUGUGGCUUUCCAAAAAUAUUUUAACUUCGAAAUACUCCAUGCUCGUUGGGCCAUGCUAGCAGCCCUUGGUGCCUUGAUUCCUGAAAUUUUGGACCUCUUAGGAGCCUUUCACUUUGUUGAACCUGUAUGGUGGCGAGUUGGCUAUUCAAAACUUAAGGGAGAUACACUGGACUACCUAGGCAUCCCGGGAUUGCACGUAGCUGGAAGCCAAGGAGUGAUUGUUAUAGCCAUAUGCCAAGCCCUCCUGAUGGUUGGACCAGAAUAUGCAAGAUAUUGUGGGAUUGAAGCAUUAGAGCCUCUGGGAAUUUACCUUCCAGGUGAUGUUAAUUACCCAGGAGGAGAGCUUUUUGAUCCCUUGAACCUCUCCCGAGACCCCGUAGCUUUUGAAGAGCUGAAGGUGAAAGAGAUCAAAAAUGGGCGGCUAGCGAUGGUAGCCUGGUUAGGCUUCUACAGUCAAGCAGCAUUGACAGGUAAAGGUCCUGUACAGAACCUCCUUGAACACAUUUCUGAUCCCCUACACAACAACGUGCUUUCAGUACUCAAAUUUAUGUAAUCCUCUUUGGCUUGUAUUAUUAUGUAAAUGCUAUAAGCAACUUUGCAAGUCCAAACGACUGUAGAAAACACAGCAAUAGUUUCUGUUGUAUAGUCAAUAAUUAGUAAAUUCCUCCCAUA